UUAUGGUGUUUAGCAGGCUUUUAUUAUGAUUGCCAAUAAAGCCAAGUAUGUAAAAUGGAUUAGAGCAUUUUAUGGAAGUGAUAAAGUUUUACAGCAGCGUUGAUGCGUAAGAAUUAGUUUCCUGGCUUAAAAAACAACAAUUAGGGGAAAAAUGAUUGGAGAAUGAAUGGAAAUAGUUUUCCGUGGAGCUCCAGUAAAGUGCAUGCAACGAAAUUUCCUGCGAGACCUACAAAUUAAAUUUGACCUACCUAACUAAAUAACCCUGAUGGCGAAUGGAUGAGUCGGAGUCCUUCACAAGAUGGACCAAUUAGGAUUUUGCCGCAGAAUCCGCAGUUACGGAGCGUAAUAGAGACCGGCGAGAUUGGAUAAAUUGUUGGGAGCUUCCCGAAGAUGUAAUUAAGCUUUGCGACCAUGUCCGACUCAAACAGCAGCUGCUCCCCCGACCUGCCCGGCAACUUUUCGACGAUUUUCGGCCAGACGGACGUCGCCCAAUGGGAAGCCCUCCUCACAAUCGUCACUCUCACCCUCAUCAUCCUCGUCACAAUCGUCGGCAACGUCCUCGUCAUUCUCAGCGUCUUCACCUACAAACCGCUCCGAAUCGUCCAAAACUUCUUCAUCGUGUCGCUCGCAGUCGCCGACCUCACAGUCGCCAUCCUCGUCAUGCCCCUGAACGUUAUGCUGUCGAUCUUGGGACGAUGGGUGUUCGACAUCCACAUCUGCAAAAUGUGGCUGACUUCGGACGUCCUCUGCUGCACGGCUUCAAUUCUGAAUCUGUGUGCGAUUGCGUUGGACCGCUUUUGGGCCAUCACAGACCCCAUUAACUACGCGCAAAAGCGCACCCUGAAAAGGGUCCUGUUGAUGAUUGGAGGCGUGUGGGUUUUGUCACUAGUGAUCAGUUCUCCGCCACUGAUCGGCUGGAACGACUGGCCUGAAGCCGACGAGUUCCACUUGAUUCAAGAGUGCAAGUUAACGGAACGGCAAGGCUAUGUCAUUUACUCAUCACUGGGGUCGUUCUUCAUCCCUUUGUUCAUCAUGACGAUCGUCUACGUUGAGAUUUUCAUCGCCACGAAGCGCCGCUUGAGAGAGAGGGCACAAGCCUCGAAAAUCAACGCAAUCUCGCGGAACCAAUCGGCUCUGAUCAGCAACAAAGAAGCACAGCAUGAUCGCGAGAGUGUCAGCAGCGAAACCAAUCAUAACGAGCAGCCCGAAACCAACGGCAAGCCCAAAGACAAGAAGAAGAAAACCAAGAAGAAGCGAAAAGACGACAACGUCGACAACAACGCCUAUCUCAAACCGAUUCUAGUCCAUGAAGAUUCUCUAACUGACAAUCCGGAAACUUCCUCAAUCUCGCAACGGCGGGGUUCCAACCCUUGCACUUCCGACAACCACAAAAUCACAGUUUCCGAGUCCACGACGGUGUCAAACUCGCCCCAGCUGAACAAGGUUUUGUUGCCGGAAGCCACCGCCACGGUGAAAAAGCCGGGAGUGGUUUACCAAUUCAUCGAAGAGAAACAACGCAUUUCCUUGUCGAAGGAGAGACGCGCGGCGCGAACUCUUGGAAUAAUAAUGGGAGUGUUUGUGGUGUGUUGGUUGCCGUUCUUCCUCAUGUAUGUAACGAUCCCUUUCUGCCCCAGUUGUUGCCCCUCCAAGAGACUCAAGAACUUUAUCACUUGGUUAGGUUACAUUAAUUCCGUGCUCAAUCCCAUUAUUUAUACGAUUUUUAAUCUCGACUUUCGGCGCGCUUUUAGAAAGCUUCUAGGGAUGAAGCCGUGAGUUUCCGGUAUAUCCGUCGACAACUAAUUGAUAAUUCCCGCGUUUUUUCAAAGACUGAUUUCUAGAGUUGCAUUCGGUGUAAAUUAAAUAAAAUUCAUGUUUGUUAUACAGCAUUCCAAGUAAUGUCUAUCAUCGAACUAAUUUGCCGAAUCUGUUACGAAGUGUUCGAGCCCAACGCUUCCGAACCGGUUUGGCAAACUUUUACGCUUAUUUUUACUGUUAAUGUUGAAUGGCAUCUUCAAAUUGUACAUUUGCUUCAGAUCUUGUACAUAAAUAUUAGAAUACUCUCUCAAUUGUACCUGUGUGAUAUUCGCCCUCUUGCUAUUGCGUUAAAUUUACCUCAGAUUCACAUUUUUAACUCCAGGCUUUAAAAAUGUGCAUCCACAUUGCAUAUAUUUUAUACAAGUUACUUCAAGCAAAUUUUAUAAAAUCUGUUAGGUAUGGGAUGAAGCCGAAACUAUCUGUAAUCAAGCUACACCUUCGCUCGUUUCACGCUUUUUGACUCAUCCUGUAUCACGUUUUGAAUGUAUGAUAAAUAGAAACCAAUAAAAUUCAAACGUUUUGUUAAA